ACAAAUAUCGUGUGCCGCUGGCUUUUAGAACGGCUGUGAAGAAGCUGAUCAUAACAUCAGCUGAUUGUGACACUUUACUGGAGCACAAUUAAUAUAUUUUGUGUCUACAAAAGUAACAGAUAUAUUUAUGGGAAAAAACAGAUAUAUUUAUAGAAAAGAAGAAGGCACAAAUAGAAAGGACACUGAAACACUUAUGUCGGCAUAUAAAAGAACAGAUGACGCAGAUGUAUUAUUUUAAUCGUUUAAAGAUCGAGUGAAAAGUCGGUUUCUCCUGAAAGAGAUGAAUACAUAAAUACGUAAAUAAAAUCAAUCAUUAUAUUUGUGUAAUUGCGGUAUUAUAUAAUGUAAUAAUUACUAUAAUGGCUGCGAAGAUAUAUCAACCAGAUCAAGAGCUAGAAACGAAAGUUAAGAAAGCAACCGAACGGAUAUCGGAGAAUAUGCAUAUUGUGGCAAACGAGCCAUCGCUUGCCUUUUACAGACUGCAGGAACAUGUGAGGAAAGCGUUACCACCAAUGGUGGAGAAACGUGUAGAGGUGUUAGCAUUGCAGCAACAGUUAUUAGGCAGAUGUUACGACGUAGAGUAUGCGGUCAGCGCGAUUAAGACUAUGCAAGGAGCUGGAAAGAGUUUUGAGAACACAUUGGAGUUUAUAAAGAAUGCUAUAUUCUUUAAGCAGCAGCUGAAGUAUGAGGAACAGCGGCGGAAUAAGAAGGACAGCAACAGAGAUUCCGUUUACAAACGCCUGUCGGCGCAUAUUCCCACUCUAGAUCAUCUGCCAGAUGAAAUAUCCGAUGUUGUCAGAGAGACUGCAAAUCGAGUAGAAUCUAUGAUGAAUCAUGCCAGACAUUCCAGCGAGGGUGUCCCAGAAUAACCGCAUGCGGAGUGUAUUGGGAGAUUCUUGAUAUUGAAGCCGAAGCAGUUUCUCGUUUACCAAAAUCCUAUUCGAAUGAUAGUUUUAAAAUGAAAGCUAUUUAAGGUUGUUCAAUUAGUGUGCUAGGUUACAUGCGAGUCGACAGAGCAGAACCAUGAAAUGUCAUGUGAGUUAUGUAGGCUGUCCUUUUUAUCUUAUGUAACAUCUUAUUAUAUUAAAAUGGCGACUGAUAUAAAAUCAAAUAAUAUCUAAAGGCUCUAGUAAUAUCUCAAGAUCAUGAAUAUUGUUUAGACGUUGAAACG